CCAAGCACGAAUCUGUUUCUUCUGCCAACGAUUCCGUCGCCUCGGCGCCGGACACAGCGGCUUGUCUCGUGGCAGACGGAACGGAGUCAAUCCAGCAAUCAGCCGGGCGGAUCCCGAGACGUCCCUCUCCCUCCUGAGCUCGUGCCAGCGCAGGCAGCUAGCUCCUCUGUUUCGCGGAGGCCAUGUCGUCCUGCUCCGACUCCACGGUCACCAUGUCGUACCGGCAUGGUGAGUAUGCGGGCGAUGGCAUCACGGCCCCUUUGCUCCCCAUUGCGGAGGUGGUCGUGCCCAUGGAGGAGCUGCCGCCUGUGCUCACUUGCAAGCCGCCAGGUCGGCUUGCCAGAGCGGUGAAGGAAGCCUGGUCCGUUUCUUUGUCCUUGGCAUUCCCCAUGCUGCCGUCGAUGUCGGCCGCCGCGGCCGGGGAGGAGGCGCGGUCCAUACUGGGCCUCGCGAUGCCGAUGAUCCUCACGGGGCUGCUGCUCUACCUCCGGUCCAUGAUUUCGAUGCUCUUCCUCGGCCGCCUCGGGGGCCUGGCGCUCGCCGGCGGGUCACUCGCCAUCGGCUUCGCCAACAUCACCGGCUACUCCGUGCUGUCUGGCCUCGCCAUGGGUAUGGAGCCGAUCUGUGGGCAGGCCUUCGGCGCAGGCCAUUACGAGCUCCUCGGUGUCACCAUGCAGCGCACCGUGCUGCUUCUCGUCGCGGCCGCUGUUCCCAUCGGCGGGCUGUGGAUGCAUAUGCGACCUCUGCUCUUGCUCUGCGGCCAGGACGUCGGCAUCGCAGCGGUCGCCGAGACCUACAUUCUUUCCUCCCUGCCGGACCUCUUCCUCCAGGCAUUCCUCCACCCCGUCCGCAUCUACCUCCGGACGCAAUCCAUCAACUUGCCGCUCACCGUGUGCGCCGCGCUCGCCAUUGCACUCCACCUGCCCAUCAACUACGUGCUCGUCUCUGUCCUCGGACACGGCAUCAGGGGGGUGGCAUUUGCCUCUGUUCUCGCCAACCUAAACUUCCUUCUCCUCCUUCUUGGUUACAUAUUGGUCAAGGGAGUGCAUAAGCGCACCGGCGGCUUUGUGUUCUCGGCCGAGAGCUUCCGUGGCUGGGGAGAGCUCGUAAGCCUCGCCCUGCCGAGCUGCGUCAGUGUCUGCCUCGAGUGGUGGUGGUACGAGAUCAUGAUCCUCCUGUGCGGCCUGCUCGCCAACCCACAGGCCACUGUGGCCUCCAUGGGAAUCUUGAUCCAGGCUACGUCACUCAUCUACAUCUUCCCUUCCUCGCUUGGCUUCGGCGUGUCCACCCGCGUCAGCAACGAACUCGGCGCAAACCGUGCCGAGCGUGCGGGCCGUGCCGCCACGGUUGGCCUCAUGCUCGGGUUCGCGUUCGGCGGCGUGGCAUCGGCGUUCGCGUACAUGGUGCGGGGCUCGUGGGCUGGCAUGUUCACGGCGGACCCGGCGAUCAUCACGCUCACCGCGUCCGUGCUGCCGAUCCUGGGAGCAUGCGAGCUCGGUAACUGUCCGCAGACGGCGGGGUGUGGCGUGCUGCGGGGCAGCGCGCGGCCCAAGGACGCCGCCAGCAUCAACCUCCGGUCCUUCUACCUCGUCGGCACGCCGGUGGCUCUCGUCCUCGCGUUCUGGUUCCACUACGACUUCCAGGGCCUGUGGCUCGGCCUCCUCGCGGCGCAGGCCGCCUGCAUGGUGCGCAUGCUGCUGGUCAUCGGGCGGACGGAUUGGGCUGCGGAGGCCAAGCGCGCGCAGCAGCUCGCCGGAGCAGGCGCGGUAACGGUGGCAGUCGACACAAAACCGAGCAGCGGCAAAGGCAUUCACGUCGUGAGAGUCGCGGCCGGCGGCGGCGAUGAGAACUCCGGGCUGCUUAUCGAUGUUGUCAUCGAGCAACCAAACGAUCAGCGCUGACAGCUACGGCCUAUUUACGAUUUCGGACAACUCUUUUUUUUUCCUUCAUACUUUUGGCGGGAGAGGAAUCGGAGGCUGACAGAGUGACAAUUUUUGUUAGCCAUUGGUAAUCUGUAUAGAGUUUUUUAAUCUUCUGAUAUAUCGGUGCAGUAUUACAGAAGUCGAAAGGAUUC